AUGGCAGACGGCGCAGAAGGCCGGGCCCCAAUGGCCUUUUUCAUCGGGGAGCACCUUCCAGCGCCUGGAAGUGCGUUAUCGUUCGAUUUGUUGGAUAGGGCAGUUCAGGAUUCGUAUAACAUGAUCAGUGUCCACAUUAGCAACAUCAACUACCGAAGUAAAGUCGAAGCAAUCAUUGAGGAAGCUCGCAGCCAGGGAAGUACCCGGGUAUAUAUUCCUGGACUUGAAGUUGAAGACGUCAAUAUGCAUCCAGAUGAGCUCGUUGCUUCAGGAAAAGUAAUUGGUGUCACAUCCCAAUGGAUUGAAUUGGAUUCGCUUGAUCCGUUGGUCGCAUCUGCGUCGAGGCAGGUUUUGCAUCACGAAAUAGGCUAUGCGGGCUUCUGCGGCCUUGCGACUCUGUUGAUUGAUGGCCCGAAGACGGCCCAACAGAAUAUGGCAGGAUAUUGUCAGUCUAUCGUGCAGGGGCUCGCAAUUAAUGCUUAUUUGACCAUCAAUAUCAUGUUACCAGCGUUUGGCCCUUCGCUCGCUCCAAAACAGGGGGAAUUGGACGUCCCGUCUCAGGACACUGACCGGGUCCCUCCGGAUGUUCUUUACGACGAACUAACGUCGUGGGAUAUCUGGAAUACUAUACGGACAUCUGCAAGAUACACAUCUCGAUUAGGAUUGGGCCUCCAGAUCGAGUAUUCACUCCCAAGGACACAUACCCUAAAAAGAUGGUUCGCGGAGCCCAUUCGCUAUUUAAUCAUUGACUCCACAGCGUUUCUCCUGAACACUAAAGGGUACCCCGUUUUAACAAAACCUCACCAGAGAUUAGUUACACAAUUCGCUAGAAAAAAUCCUUUCUAUCUUUUAUCUAACACUCGGCAUACUGAAUUCAAGCCUGAAGACACCGCGGAUGCCGAGUUUCCACCGCUUGUGCCUCCCACACCCCAAGGAGGAGGAGCAAGGCAAACGGUGUCGAUAACGCCAAUACGAAGAGAUGAUCCUGAGUCUUAUAGGAAAUACCUUCACUACCACAUUAUAAAUCUACCACCGCCACCGCCCCUUGACAGUUUUGGAGCCGGAUACCAGGAUUAUUUGCAAUCCCCGUUGCAACCCUUGGCUGAUAACUUGGAGAGCAUGACCUAUGAAGUCUUUGAAAAGGACCCCGUCAAAUAUGCUCAGUAUGAGAAAGCGGUCCUCCUGGCACUUCAGGACCUAAAUCAACAGGGCAUCGAAGACAUUUGCGUCGCGGUCGUAGGCGCUGGCCGCGGGCCUCUCGUCACUCGCUGUUUACGUGCGGCAACAAACGCUAGCAUAGAUAUCACGAUGUUCGCCAUCGAAAAGAACCCUAAUGCUUAUACUCACCUGAUGAAAAUGAAUCGUGAUGUCUGGGGUGGUGCUGUCACCCUCGUCAAAACAGACAUGCGAAAAUGGGAACCCCCAAAUACAUAUGUGCAUAUUCUCGUUUCAGAACUUCUCGGAUCGUUCGCAGAUAAUGAACUCUCGCCGGAAUGCCUAGAUGGUGUUCAGAGGGUCCUCCACCCUACAGUUGGCAUUAACAUUCCUCAGUCAUAUACAGCACAUUAUACGCCAAUAAUGGCGCCAAAAAUACAUGGAGAUCUACUAUCUAGAGCGACUUCCUCGAACUCUGUAGACAUUUACGAAGUCCCGUAUGUUGUUAUGCUUACAGCUAUCGACUUUUUAUCUCAGAACAUCAACGGGGAACCAAACAUUCAUCAAGCUUGGGAAUUCAAACACCCAGUCCCCGAAGACGAGUUGGAACACGAUUGUGGGUUUAACGACCACAAUCAACGUGAAGCAAUCGCGGCCUUUCCUAUUCCCCGCCGCGGGGUUAUUCACGGUAUCGCUGGCUACUUUGAGUGCAUUCUAUAUGAGAACGCUAAUGGAACUGCGAUUGUUGAAUUGAGCACUCGACCCGACACAAUUGAUGCCAAGAGCAAAGAUAUGAUAUCUUGGUUUGCUAUCUACUUUCCCCUUAGAACCCCAAUGCCUGUACCAGACGAUUCCGAAGCUCAAGUUUCUUUCUGGCGACACACGGACGGGAGAAAAGUCUGGUACGACUGGAUGGUGGAGACUUUUUCGUUUGUCCUUUUAUCAGCUGAAGGCGGAAUUACUAGCUUGCCAAUGACAGUUUCUAGCCAAAAGAGCCCUAGUGACUACGCCCGGAAGCGUGUUCCGAUUGCUGUUUCUGAAAUCUGCAGCAGUAAGAAAAAUGGCUGCUUGAUGUGA